UGUCAUUCUUGUUUGGUGUGGGUUCACAGUGUGGUGCAUAUUAAUAAGAGUGUUAAAGUUGUUUAUAUCACAACCUUCAGUGUAAACUGUAUCACCCAGUAUGCCUUGCAAUCUCGUACGUAUGACGAUAGAAGCAGUGAAUAAAAUGAGUCCGGUCAGCACGCAGAUAACAUUUGUUAAAGGCAGGCGUGAUGACACGUAGAGGACGUAAAAAGUAAAGCCAUCACGGCACGCCCUCAAUGUUGUAGUCCGAGUGAAAAACGGAGAACGUUGAGCCCGGGAGAGGCAACGAAAUCCGGAUUCCCCCCGUUACAGUCUGGGGGGUCGGCGAUUUUGCAACUGAGCUGCAUCAGAAUCGCUAAAGAGCCGCGGGUUGCCGACCCCUGCGCUAGGCCUAGAUCAGUAGCAGCAUACUGUUGACCUAAAAUUGUGUUUUUGUACGAUAAUAUAUCUUUGAUGAUCAUCAGUCAGACUCUUACAUGCAAAAAAAAAGAAUUUUUUGUUAAUUGCUUUUGGGGGCCCACUGGUGGCCGCGCGGCCCUAAGCAAGCGCUUAGUUCGCUUAUGCCUUGGUCCGGCUCUGCCCGUAAGUAUCAGAUGAGUCGCCCUUUGGCCUGUUCUAAAAAUAUCUUAAAUAGCAGCACUUAACAGUUAGCUGCCUCUAUUUUUUUAUUUGAUUUAUUUACUAGCAAGCUUGUCUCACUUUGCUCGACAUUUUUAAUUCCAAGAGAGACAAAACUCAAAAUAGAAUUUGAAAAUCCAAGAAAAUAUUUUUAAAGACUUCACUUUAAAUAAGUUAAUUUUUUUUUUUUACUUUGCUUCUUAUAACUUUCAGAAAGACAAUUUUAGAGGAAAAAUACAACCUUAAAAAUGAUUUUAGGAUUUUUAAACACAUAUACCCUUUUACCUUUUAAAUUCCUUUCUCAUCUUUCCUGACAAUUUAAAAUAUAAAGCCCACCAAGCUGCACCAAACUUUUGGUGCCUUGUUGACACUGUAUGCGCAGCAGCUAUCAAGGUACCAAGCCUGUUUGGUUCAACUUAUCUUUGUGAAUCAGCCUUUUCAAGCACAAACACAGAACAUGCGUCAUUGAUGCACAUCUCCAAGACUCACUCAGACUUGCAGUGUCAAGUUACACACCAGAGUACAACAAUGCCAGGCUUCCUGUGACAUGAUUUAUUUAAAAAAUUGUGAAUUGACAUUUCUAUUUUAAAUAAGUUAUUAUUUGUACAAACACGGUGCAAAGUAAUUAAUGAUUUGUUAAAAAAUGUUAGUGUCUAGCUCAGGGGUGGGGAACCUUUUUGGCUGAGAGAGCCAUGAAAGCAAAAUAUUAUAAAAUGUAUUUCCGAGAGAGCCAUAUAAUAAUUUUUAACACUGAAUACAAAUAAAUGGGUGCAUUUUUAAGUAAGACCAACAUUUUAAGAAUAUAAUAAGUAUAUUCUUGUUUUUAAUAACAUUGUUAUUCUGAAGCUAAUGAAUAAAAUAGUUCUUACCAUUAAUGCGACUUCUUGAACAGAAAUGGUAGAAAAAGGAUGGAUGGAUUAAAAUGCAUGAGAAUGUUUUAUAUUUUGAACGUUAUUUUUUACACUGUGAUUACCAGCGGAAUUAUUCUUUACUUAUCGCUGUGUUUUUCAACCACUGUGCUGCGGCACACUACGUGUGCCGUGAGAUACAUUCUGGUGUGUCGUGGGAGACAUUAUGUAAUUUCACCUAAUUGGGUUGAUAAUAUUUUUUGCAAACCUGUAACUAUAAUUCAAAAAUGUGCUGUUAUUGAGUGUCUUUGCUGUUUAGAGCUUGGCAGAGUAAGUGUAAUACUCUUCCAUAUCAGUAGGUGGCAGCAAGUAGCUAAUUGCUUUUGUAGAUGUCAGGAACAUGCUAUGUCGUGAUCACAGUAUGCAGGAGGCAGCUUGUAGGUAAAAAGGUAUCCAAUACUUACUAAAAAUAAACAAAAGGCAAGUGCCGCUAAGAAAAGGCAUUGAAGCAAAACAAAACUAAAACUGAACUGGCUGCAAAGUAAACAAAAACAGAAUGCUGGACAACAGCAAAGACUUACAGUGUGCGGAGCAGACGGCGUCCACAAAGUACAUCCGUACAUGGCAUGACAAUCAACAAUGUCCACACAAAGGAGUGCGUCCGCACAACUUAAAUAGUCUUGAUUGUCAAAACAAAGCAGGUGCGAUGAAUAGCAUUCAAGGAGGACAUGAAACUGGCUUCACGGUGGCAGUCCUGGGUUCAAAUCCAGGCUCGGGAUCUUUCUGUGUGGAGUUUGCAUGUUCUCCCCGUGAAUGCGUGGGUUCCCUCCGGGUACUCCGGUUUCCUCCCACUUCCAAAGACAUGCACCUGGGGAUAGGUUGAUUGGCAACACUAAAUUGGCCCUAGUGUGUGAAUGUGAGUGUGAAUGUUGUCCGUCUAUCUGUGUUGGCCCUGCGAUGAGGUGGCGACUUGUCCAGGGUGUACCCCGCCUUCCGCCCGAUUGUAGCUGAGAUAGGCGCCAGCGCCCCCCGUGACCCCGAAAAGGAAUAAGCGGUAGAAAAUGGAUGGAUGGAUGGAGGACAUGAAACUGAUACAGGAAAAUACCAACAAAAGAAGAAACGCCACCAAAAUAGGAGCGCAAGUCACACAGGAAAACACCGAAAAAACUCAAAAUAAGUUACGGCUUGACAGUACAUCUACAUAGAGACAAGAGCUAUUGCGAGAACAAUUUUUUUUUGUCAAUAUCGGCUACUGAGUUUAAUUUUUUUUUUAUUUUUCUGCUGGUGGUGCGCCUCAGAAUUUUUUCAAUGAAAAAAAUGUGUUUUGGCUCAAAAAAGGUUGAAAAACACUGACUUAUCGUGUUAAGCAAUGCCAGCUAAGAUUUAUCUGAGAGCCAAAUGCAGUCAUCAAAAGAGCCACAUCUGGCUCUAGAGCCAUAGGUUCCCUACCCCUGGUCUAGCUAGUUAAAAUGGGAUUUUGUCAUUUCACAAGACUGUCUUAGAAGUGAUCAUUUGAAAAAAAUGUGCACUUAGAGAAAAUAUAAAAAUAAAGUGUUGCAUAUUGAUAUUUAUCUGUUUUUAUAAAUAUUUAUUGUGACAAAUCAUUAAGAGAAUCAGUGUUUCCACAAUUAUAAAUAUAAUUAAUUAUUAAUAAUAACAUAGAGUUAAAGGUAAAUUGAGCAAAUUGUUUUUUUUCUGGCAAUUUAUUCAAGUGUGUAUCAAACUGGUAGCCCUUCGCAUUAAUCAGUAGCCAAGAAGUAGCUCUUGGUUUCAAAAAGGUUGGUGACCCCUGGUUUAGAUGUUUCUCCGUGUGGUGGGCGGUAGGACCCAGGGAAGACUGGCUUCUUGACUAUAGGAGACUGUGGAGUGUGUGUCACUUCGAAGGGGGGAAAAAAACAAUGUGUGACAGUCGGUGCCAAACACUGACUGCACUGACAUGACGAGGGGUGAUGCUGGGAAGGAUGUAAAAUCAUAACAGAGUCAAAGAUCAGCAGCUGUUAACUGGAAAUGCACUCAUGUAAAGGACUGACCUCUGGAGGGUGUUUGCAGGAGGAUUCCACCUUUCGGUCGACAACACUUGAAUAUCCUCACAAGCGAUGAUGAUGAUUUUGUUCAGCAAAAGGAAGAAAGGAUACACACUUCCAUCUUUUUAUGGGAACCAUGUGGAGUUACAAUAUUUAUCAAUCUGUCACAUUUUAACCGGGCAACAAGCACGCAGUGUAUCAUGGGUAGGUACCCGUUAAUGUACUUUAGUUGUGUUUUAAGUGAGGAGGCACACAGUCUGUAUAUUUAGUUUUGUUCAGUGAGCCUAUAGCUUUAAGAAGUAAUCUCAUGUCAUUUUAGUCAAUAUAUUAUUAUGCAAUUUUUUUUAUUUUUCCUACAAGAGCAAAUCAUUGUUACUGUACUCCAUAUUAAUUACUGAAUAAGCAGAAUAGUCAGCAAUUGCUGCUCGUGCUAAUUUGACGUUCGAUAGUUGAACAAAAACAUUUGGUGAUUGAGUUUUGCAGUCUGGACUCCUUCAAGUAUUGCAGAUGAAGUUCUAAUAACAUGUAUGUAUAUAUAUAUAUAUAUAUAUACUUUAAGCUUUAACAGUGAGUUACCCAAAAAAUUGUGAAAUGAAUGAAACCCAAGAAGUUAGCUGACACAUUACAUCUUAGUGCAGAUAUGGAUAGAUGAAAGGUUUAUUUUCACUUGCUGCUUUUACAGUUGUAAUGGGGCCUAACAGCACACUGACCCAACAGAUUCAGUAGGUAGGUUUUAAAAAACAAAUGUCGUUGUUUGUAGGGUUUCUACCUACAAAACUACAUUUUAGUCAAAUAGGAAGCUGUACCAUAUUUUGUAGUUAUUGUUGAGACUCUUGAAUUAAAUCCCAUGUGUAACUGUGCCAAAUGGACUGUCUGUUGAUUGCAUCCUUUCUUUACCGCAGGUCAUUCGGCCUUAAAGACACCAACGGAUCAAGUUAUAGAAGAAUUAUGGCAGAGGAAUCGGAUCACAUGAUUCCACCAGCCUCGAAUCUGACAACUGUUCUAUGGGAGCAACAUCCUACAGUUCCAACAGACGUAGGUGUGGUCACAAGCUCUCAGUCGCAGCUCAAAGACCUUGUCGGCUUGUUCUGCAUGGUGACGCUUAACCUCAUCGCCCUGCUGGCCAACAUCGGCGUCAUGGUGGCCAUAGCCCGCGCUAUGCACCUGAAGAGGUUUGCUUUCGUGUGCCACCUCUGUGCCGUGGACCUGAUGUGCGCCAUUCUCCUCAUGCCCCUGGGGAUCAUAUCCAGCUCGCCCUUCUUCAGUACUGUGGUGUUUACAGUUCUUGAAUGUCAAGUGUACAUCUUCUUAAAUGUGUUUCUCAUCUGUUUGUCCAUUCUCACCAUCACCGCCAUCAGUGUGGAGCGCUAUUUCUACAUUGUGCACCCUAUGCGCUACGAAGUCAAAAUGACCAUCAAUUUAGUAAUCGGGGUCAUGGUCCUUAUCUGGAUCAAGUCGGUCCUCUUGGCUUUGUUUACUCUCUUCGGCUGGCGCUAUGGAAACCAAAGCUCUAUCGCUGCGGCCCACUGUUCUCUCCAUGCGAGCCACAGUCACCUUAGAGGUGUGUUUGCAGUGCUCUUCACUGUGUUUUGUUUCCUGGUUCCUUCAGUCAUUAUCUUCGUUGUUUACUGCUCCGUGUACAGGGUCGCUCGUUCGGCCGCCUUGCAGCAAGUCCCUUGUCCCAACCUUGCCUUUGCAAACCCGCAUAAGAAUCGGUCAGACUCCAUCAGCAGCCAGACCACCAUGAUCAACACCACCCCCCCUGUGCCCCAGAGACUUUCACCAGAGAGAGCGUUUGGUGGAGGCAAGGCAGCACUCACUUUGGUGUUCAUUGUGGGUCAGUUCUUAGUAUGCUGGCUGCCCUACUUCAUCUUUCACCUGCAAAUGUCUCUGACUGGCUCAAUGCGCAGCCCGGGAGACUUAGAAGAGGCGGUCAACUGGCUUGCCUUUUCCUCAUUCGCAGUAAACCCGUUCUUCUAUGGUUUGCUCAACAAGCAGAUCAGAGAGGAGCUGGUCAAAUUCCGACGCUGCUGCCUGACCCAGCCUGUGGAGUUGGGCGCUUUUCAUGACGGCUCCUUGCAAGAGAACCUCCUUCAGUUCUUUCAGAGAACCACCUGCAGUACAGAGAGACGCUCAAGCGGUGCUAACUCUAAUCCUAGAAACACGGAGGACCACAGGGUUAGGAUCCCAGGAUAAAUACCACAGGAUCCCACACAGACUAUCGCCUUUCUGGGACAUUUUUUCAUAAUAUUUUAAAGAGACCCUAUUCUACAUUUACAACUUUUCAGCUGUGUUUAAAAUAUUGUAAUGUUUUUCUACAGGAUGUGAAAGUGUCUAGCUUUCGUUUUCCUGCCGCUCUUUUAAUGGUGAUAACAGUUGUCACAAGAUUUCCACAAGAUCCUUUCAGUUUCUUGCAUCACAAUUUCAGAAAGUCCAUGUAUGGCAAGUUGCCAUGGUCCAGUGGCAAUCCGCUUAGUUGGUAAUUUUUUUCUUCGGAAUGGCAGCAAGUUUUUUUUUUCCACAUUUAAGAAUUGUGUAUCUAAACCUGAGCAAGGCAGUAAUGGGGAGCUAAAGACAUGUUAUUCCACUGGACUCACAGUUUUUUACACAGCUGUUUGUAAACAAAACAUAGUUUGAUGUCAAAUUCUUCAAUAUUCAUCCCGAUAUUCGGCCCGGUUAGUUGAGCAUCUGUGCCAGAAACUUGUUCUAGGUUCGAUCCCCUGCGGAAUGCAGAAUGACCACAACUUGAGCUUCAUUGAGUAUUUGAUUUAAAACCAACUCCUUUAGUCCACCAUUGGGAUCUAAUAUAAUUUUAGAAGCCCCUAAAAUGACAGGUAGGGUCCCCUUUAAAGCACAGGUGUCAAAAGAAAUAAAUUAACUCAGGUGGUAGAGCGGCCGACCAGAAAUUGACGGUUCCUGGUUUGAAUCCCGCCAUUCGUGUCACUGCUGUUUUUUCCUUAGGCAAGACACUUUGCCCACCUUGCUGCCAAUGCCACCCACACUCGUAUAAAUAAAGAUAAUGGGUUUCGCAAUGUAAAGGCGCAUUGAGUCGCCAGAGAAAAAGCGUUAUAUAAAUAUAUUUCACUAAACAGAAAAAAAUGGUACCACAUUUUUUUUAUAGUAAAACUCUGGCGACUGAGCUGUCAGUUUUUUGCUGUAAAAACAACAACUGUAGAUGUGACUAAAUGCAUAGACAAUUGUAUAAUAUCAUAAGGCGAAUCCUUAUACAUUCAUAUUUAUAUAUUAUUCCCUGUUAUAAACUUCCAUUUUACCCUCAAUGAAAACGAGUUUGACACGCCUGCUUUAAAGUUUGGAAUCCCUUUUGUUGUUUCACUGCAGUACUACAUUCCAGGAGGCUUGUCAUUUCGACCUCAGGUUGUAAUCACAUCUUUCUUAGCCCAUUUGUGACAUUUCUUAAAUGUUGAUGAAAAUGUGUCCAUAACUUUUAUAGUGGGAUGAAAAUUUGUCCAUAACUUGUAUAGCGGAAAGAAACAAAUAGUCUGUCGCCACCAUCCCGCUCAGACCUGGGCAAAUUAACGCCCUGGGCGGCCUGCCAUUAAGCUUUUCAAUCCGGCCCGCCCAUCCUGAACUAUACAUAGUAUUUCAAUGGUUGGAAUCUGCGCUUUUGCAUGAUAUACUAGUUACCAUGGUAAUCUAAUUAGUUACUAUGCUAAUCUAAGUCACAGCAGCUCAGACGAGGCACCAAGCAGUGUGGGUGGGGAGCGUUUCCACAGAGUUUUUCCAGAGCGGCCAGCCUAAAAUGCGAAUGUCAGGGACAGAUGCGGAAGGAGAUUUUUACAACAAAGUUUUAAAGCUUUGUGAUGUAUCAGAUAUAUCAGAUUGUAAGUGGGUUUAUUGUUUGCCCUUCGCGUUCAUAUUUCGAUGUUUGUUGCAUUUUGUUACGUUUCGCUUGAUUGUAAAAAAUGUCGAUCGAGAGGGUGAGUGACGUUCAUAUGUUGUCAAUAUUCAGCGUCUUAUCGAUUAUAGUUAAUAUUGUAAAUCCCACAUUCUUUAUUUUUAUGUACAUUCUAGGUGUCUCAUUCAGUAAAAAAACUUUAAAAUUAUAUUCCGUUUUUUAAGGCAGUCUGUCAUAACGUUUUUAGCUUUCAAUCAGACAUUAUUGUGAGGUUUUGUAUUAGUGUUCCUAAAAAUAAAUAUACUGGCCCCUAGACACAUUUUUUUUCUCUAAAUGUGGCCCUCUGAGUCAAUAUAAUUGCCCAGGCCUGAUCUAGCUAGUACACACACACACAUACACACACAGAAGUGUUAACGUAACCAGUAAAAGUGAUUUGCAUCAAAAUCCAACCAGAUGUUCCUUAUCUCAUUUUGGAAGAUUCGCCUUGAACAUUUUGAGGUUUGUUGCUAACUAACCGACAUACAAACCAAUGGCAUUGAUUCCAUACGUUUCUGUAGAAUGUAAAUAACACUGUCAUUAUAUUGUGGGGCGACAGUUUCUGGUAUUCAUGCUCACUAAAAUGUUUCACAGAGCAGAGAAAGGACAGGGAAAGAUGGUAGAAAACAGAGCCAGACAGACUAGUCACUAAUACUAAUAAGGAUAUCUCACAUAAGUGACUACAACCCCCACAUUUCGGCGGGCAUAUCUUCUCAAGGGACAAUAGUGUGAAAAUAAAAUUUAAAUAUACUUUAGAGUAGUCCGUGUACAGCUUGUACAGCAGUAUUGGUCUACUAACUAACCAUCAUUGUCUAAAUAGCUAGUAACACAAGUAAGUAGAGAGACCAUUGUGUCCAGUCUCGCGUGGUAGUGAUGUCAUAGUCUGAUGUUGCAUGAGUGCUGCGGUUUUUCAUCCUCUGCUCAAAAGACCUAACCUCGAUUCUGACCCCAUGGUAAACUACCAGUUUACAAUGCCAUCUUCCCUUUAUCUUGAAAAUCCUCGAAAAAAUUGGCAAUGGAGAGCUGUGAUUUAUUGAGGGGUGUCCUUCCUUUUGUGAGAUAUUGUAUGAGCGUAUUUAUAUGCAUCAGUUUCAAAGUGUUUUACUGUGUGCCCAUGGUGGUGGGGCACAAUCCCACUUGAACCUCUGGGAUAAACCAUUAAUUUAAGACUACAUUUGAUGUUUGCUGAAAUAGUUUUAAACCUUCCAUAGCAGGGGUGUCAAACUCGUUUUCAUUGGGGGCCACAUCACAGUCAUGGCUGCCCUCAGAGGGCCACUUGUAACAGUGAAUAAUAUACACAUUUUAAUUUGCUUCGUUGCACAAUUAUUUUUUGUUAAAAAUUUUACGUACACCAAGAAAAACAUGUACAUUUUAGAGUAAAGUUUAGCUGCCGAAAUUUUACUAUUAAAUGUACCAUGUGUUUUACAAUAUAUACUGUAAACGUAAAUGGGAAAACAGUACUACUGUGUUACUGUAAAAUCUAUGGCCGUAGUUUUUACGGUGUUUGACUGUAAAUGGAAAAACAAUAUUACAUAUUUUUUUGUCUCCUGUUUUUACGGUAAAAUUUUGGCAACUGAUCUACCAGUGUUUUAACGGAAAAAAAAAUACAUUGUACAAUUUGAGGUUUAAGUUGCUUCAAAAUCAUGAGUCAAGCAGAUAUUCAAGUACUUUGAUGUUUGGAAUGUAUGAUGAUAUAAUAUAUUUUAUGCGAUAUUACAUUAAGUUUAAAAUAUAUGAAAUUGCAUUACAGUACAUGUAUUUUUUUUCUGUGGAAAUAGAAAGUUGACUACAAUUAGAAACAAAUGGUAAUUCCAGGCGAACCAGUUAUGGCCCCCGUGCCUUAAGUUUGACUCUUGUGUUCUAUGGUAUGUGUGUUUAAAGUGUAACAUGGUUGAAACAAUGUGAUGAAUGAAUUCAUAAUAUUGUUAGUGUAUGAAAACAAGCUAGUAUCAUUAGGUCUUAAUUGUCAAGUAUUGGACGUUGCCUGGUGCCACCUCCAACGUGUCAGUAGAUUACACCAUCGCAUGUAAAGGAGCCUCUUGUGAAUCUGAGGGAUAACACCUUCGAUGUUUGCGUGUGCAGCAAAUGUGCUGAUAGACGCUGAAUGUCAUCCACCUCUGCCGUCAUGGCGACGGAGUGAGCGUGUGACUCACAUAGCAACAAGGACCUUUCGCCUUUUAUCUUAGUGGUUCUUAGUUUGCUGCACAGAUCCUUUAUAUGCUCAGAUAGAUGAACAUGAGGGUUUGAAUAGAAAGAAAUGUGACUUUUAUAAUAGGUAACAUGAGUACAGCGAGGCAGCUAUAGUGCAUUUGGAAUGGAAAUCAUUACAGGAAAUUUGGAAGUGCGAACAAAGUGCUAUUUUAUGGCCACUAUUGUUUGUAUUAGUCAUUCCCAAACACAAGACAAAUGUAGUUGCAGCAAGUAAUGCCCAACAAAUGUUUUGCUAUGUGAUUAAGUCAACACUUACGUCAUAUUCAUUUUAGUAUUUCCAUAACCUUACUUUCUUGGUUUGUCGUGUCCAUUUAAUAUUAUAAAAUACACAUAACCCCUGUGAUGUUCAUGGUUUUGUUUCAAACAAGCUAAACAUAGUUUUAUUGAAGAACAUACUUAAUGCAUAUGAGGUGGCUAACCGGGAAGAGAACAACCAAACCAUAAUUUUUUUGCAAGUAUGUAGGCUAACAUAUACAGUACAGGCCAAAGGUUUGGACACACCACCUCAUUCAAUGCAUUUUCUUUAUUUUCAUGACUAUUAACAUUGUAGAUUGUCACUGAAUGCAUCAAAACUAUGAAUGAACACAUGUUGAGUUAUGUACUUAACAAAAACAGGUGAAAUAACUGAAAACAUGUUUUAUAUUGUAGUUUAUUCAAAAUAUCCACCCUUUGCUCUGAUUACUGCUUUGCACACCCUUGGCAUUCUCUCGAUGAGCUUCAAGCACACUUGUGAAUUGAAAACCAUUUCAGGUGAUUACCGCUUGAAGUUCAUCGAGAGAAUGCCACGAGUGUGCAAAGCAGUAAUCCGAGCCAUGGGUGGAUACUUUGAAAAAACUAGAAUAUAAAACAUGUUCUCAGUUAUUUCACCUUCUUUUGUUAAGUACAUAACUCCACAUGUGUUCAUUCAUAGUUUUGAUGCCUUCAGUGACAAUAUACAAUGUAAAUAGUCAUGAAAAUAAAGAAAACACAUUGAAUGAGGAGAAGGUGUGUCCAUACUUUUGGCCUGUACUGUAUGUAAUUAACUAAUGAUAAUCCAAACCAGUGAUUCUCAAACUGUUUGCGCUCCACCUAGUGGUACGCCAAAGAAUCACUGUUAAAGUACGGUGUUUUAUUCUCCAAUAUUCAAACAGGGUGUUGUUCAAACUGUGUGUAAUGUUACAGUGGCCUAAAUAUUAAAUAUACUUGUUGAAUAAAACCUCACUUGUUGAAUAAAA